GUUUGGCAGAGGUGUACUUGAAGAAGGCGGGCAAAGACAAGGCUGCCUUCAGGUUGCUCGUCAAGACGAUGCUGCCAGCCUUGAUGAAGUUCCAGAAAAUUGUGGGUCCCACUCCGGAGGACGUGCUGCCCCUAUGGCGAGCGCUCAAGGAGACUGCGCCUGAGGUGGGAGACUUGGUGCCGGCGCUGGGAGAGGCGGUGGGGCGCUUGGAGAAGGCUCUGGAGCAGAGCUCGCGCGACUUUGCGGUGGAGAUGGUGAAGUCUCUCGGCAUGCCCAAGGCCUCUGCGAAGAUCUGCAAAAUGUUUGAGGGCGUGGCUCCGAAGGAAGUGACAACUCUUGUCACGACGCUGGCUUUGGUGGCAGAGGGUGCUUCGGACAAGAAUCUUGGCUCCGAUGCCAGCGCUUCAGCACUGGGCCAGGCGUUGCCUGUGGCAAUCAAGCUGCGGUCGCUGAACAAGGAGUUCCUGGCCAGCCUGGCAGAGGUUGCGCCGUCCGAGCAGGGAAAGCUGGAAAUCCUGGAGGGCUUUGCCAAAAGCUUCGAGACGGCUAUGAGCCAGUACCUCAAGAAAGCGUGCGAGCAGCUGAAGGACACCAAGCGA